AUGGCUUCUGCCGACUCUUCAAUCACUGUUGUCCUUGUCCCCGGGGCAUGGCAUGGACCAGACUGUUGGGAUUUGCUGAAGGAUCACCUCACUCCUUUCAACUGCGUGGCAGUUACGCUGCCCUCGGUCGGGUGCCAUCCUGCCAGUGAACCGACAAAGAGUUGGACACCCGACGUGAAUGCGAUAGGCGAAGCGGGGUCGAAAGCUAUCGUCCGCAGCGAGGUGAUCGUUCUGGUCUCACACAGCUAUGGAAGUAUCGUGGCAAGUGGGGCAUUGAAACGAGUGUCGAUUGCGGGCCGGACUAAAUUCAAACACAUCGUCCUUUGUGGUGGGCAGCAGCAAAGAAGUGCAGACUCAAACGCGGCUCAUUCGGAUGUGUGGGAUGUUCGUGGUGACCUGAUAUUCUUAAAUCAGCCUGCGAAGUACUUUUACGGUGGGCCCGAGCAACCGGCGCAGGAUAGAUGGGCUGCGGCGGCGAAAAGGACGCACAUGCCGAUUGUAUCUUUCAGAUCCAUGGCGACCUACGCAGCUUGGAAAGAUGUUGCGACCUUGUAUGCUCUGACUGAAGAAGACAAUGUGGUUCCGCUGGCAAGACAACUAUCCAUGGUAGCAGAGGCACAGAAGAAAGGUGCUCUCGUCACGACUGCAUCAUUGCCGUCUGGCCACUUUCCAAUGUUGACCAUGCCGGAUCGUGUUGCAACGAUGAUCAGGGACAUGGCCAGAGCAAAUCCGUUGAAUGAAGCUUGGAAGGAAGAGCACAUGAGAUGUCAUCGUGAGCGCCGCUCUCUUCAGCACAAGGGGCCCAAAGCCUGA